AUGGCGGAUCACUUGGCGCGGGGAGUACGGAGUCCAAAUGAAGACAUUUAUGAUGACAUAGAUGGAAGUUUCCAGGAGCUCACAGACAGAAUAAAGUAUUUAGAGAAGCAGGUUGUGAAAGUGUCAGAUGAGAAAACACGCGAGGACAGUCUAAAACACAGAAAUAAAGAUGAAAACAGUAUUCUUAUCAAAAGCUUAGUGGACAGGAUUCACACGCUGGAGGAGCAGCUUAAAGAUAUGGAGGUCAAGUCUGAUGAGCGGGUGCGGGUAGAGCAGAAAAAACUGCAUGACCUUGUGUCCAAAAAUAGCCUUGAGAAUGACAAAGUGGACUACCUCACAAUGAGGCUGCAGAACUUUGAAUCAGAAAAUGAACGCUUGAAGACUGAUGUUGUACGGUUAAAGAAUGAAAAUGAUAAAUUGAGAAUGGACAAGAUGGAGGUCAUGGAUCGACUGGCGGCCAUGGAGGAAGAUUUCAAUCGGGUUUCGGCUGAAUACAACGAAAUGAUGUCCAAGUUUGAUAGGGAGCAAAUUAUGACAGGAAAUGUAUGUUCACAUCUUUGCACUUUCAAGUAUUGCAUGGGAAAAUGUGUUGUCCAAUGUGUUUGUUGCAUAGUUUUAGUUAACAUUUCAACAAUUUUUCUAUUGCAUUUUUUAAUUUUUGCUUCACAUCUGAGUGUUGCUGUAAAGAAAUUGUCAGGAUUGAAAUGUCUUGGACUCAUCAAGUAUCAUGUGGUGUCACUGUAUUGUUUUAUUCCCCAACAGCCUGCUUCGGGAAAGCUACUAGAUGAGCUGCAGAAGGAGUUGGAAGAUCUACGGCAGUACAAGAUUGACACUGAACACCGGCACGGCCACAUGGCUCGAACACCCAGUCUGACAGACUCUAAUGGCUUCAUAUUGCACGCUGAGAUGCAGAAACUGAAAGAGACAUUAUGGGAGGAAUGGAGGGAAGCAUCCCAGGCCAACAAGCACCUUGCAGAGGAGAAUGAGGAGCUGAAUGCCCAGCUAUUGGCCCAGACUGUACAGGAGGGGCGGCAUAUCAUGCAGGAAGGAUCCUCAUUGGCCGAGGAGCUCGAUCACAUGACCAAGGAGGAGCUUAUGAAGUCCCUGAGAGAGCAACAGGAUGUGAAUCGAAGACUUUCUCAAUAUGUUGACAAAAUCCUGUUGACAAUUUUAGAAAAGAAUCCAUCUGUUUUGGAGAAAAAAUAGCAGUCAGUUGGUGAUUGAACUAAAAGUAAAACAAUAGGCAUAACAAAUGCCUAACUGUGAUAUGCCAGACACACAUGCUGAAUACAACACAAAGAAGUGCUUAUGUGUGAUAUAUGUUAAACUGUGGUUGCAGCAAUAUCUCGGAUAUCACCGACAUUAGAAAUUAUUUAUUCAGCAUCAUUCUAAUGUGAUAUAUGUUAGCCCAAGGUAUGGCAGAGUGUGAUAUACCGUUACAUCAACCAGAGGUAGUCACAGAAAUAUCACAGAAUCUGCAGGCAUCGGAUCAUUAAUUAGAAUGUGAUGUGCUUAGAUAUCACAUAUAUAUCACAUGACUGUCAAGGUUGAUUUACAGUCUGGAAAUGAUGGGGUUGCAUGGUGUACAAUUGCUCAUGUGAAGUGACAGCCAGGCAAUAAAAUAGGAAACGAGAAAAUAUUUGCACUGUCUCCUUAAAAUGCUUUUUUGUGGCAAAGUUCAAGUGAAGAUAAUAUUUUUAACUUUUAGAGUGCUUGGAUUUUCACAACAAUAUUUGACUGUUGCGACAAUGGGUCUUAUGCCAAAUGAACAGUAUUUAUCAGUCUGGCGAGGAGCUACCUGUUUGCUAUGAGACAAUUGGUCUUAUGCCAAAUUAAAGUCACACAGGGUUGGCAGAUAGGCGGUAAGCGGAUAGGUAGCUCCUUACUGGACUGUGUGAAUGCCCUUGCUUAUCUGGAGCUAAAUCUGCUAUAUAUGGCAUAAGAACCUCCCACAUGAUGGGCGUAAUGUCAGAAAUUCAAGAUGUUGUUAAUUUGAUUUUCAAUUAAAUGUUAUUUCUGACCAUAUUCAAUGAAAUCUUGUUAUUUACUUGACCAAAUUUAUCAGAUGUAAAUUUGUAAUAUACUUGUUUAUUUAUGAAGAUUUUGUCAUGCAAAAUGCUGCUUUUAUCACUGAUGCAUAUCGCUUAAGAUGAAAAGUAGCAUGCUUUUAUUGUGAUUUUUUUCCAUCUGUUGUGAUGUUAAAGCAUAUCAGUUGUUUUAUGCUUUUCAAGAUAAUCAGUUUUUAUAGUGUAUUUUACUGUUAGACUACAACCAUUUUAUACUGAAAUCAUUCCACUUUUUGUUUGAUACAUGCUUUGCCUUGUGUUCACUGUUAUUUGCUGUAAGUGUGUAAUAUUAUAAUUAUGUUGUUAUGCAUGUUGUAAACAAAUGUCAUAAGUUUUCAGAGAUAUGUUUAUAUAUGAAAUCGUGUAUUUUUACUUGUUCUCUAAAUUUUCAUCAGCUAAUACUGAAUAAACAAUUGUUUUCAUUUUUUGGUUUGCAGUUUAGCCUAUUUGGAACGUUUUCAUUUUUUGGUUGUUCAUUUAUGAUGGCAUGUAAGACUUUAUGUAAUUGUUUGUGAUUACCUUUUGUCCAUCUUCAAUCAUCAAUAUUUGCCUUGAAGACACUCUAUAGGCAGCAUAAUUUGCCCAAUCUCAAUCAAACGUGGUAGUAACAUUUGUCCAAGUGAUCUCUCAUCCGAAUUAGAAACUGUGUCAAUGAGCUUAAAAAUUUGGUCUGGAAGUCAAAUUAAAGAAAAAGCUUGAGUCCAAAUUUAUUGCCAAAUCUUCAAAAAAUAUGCUGAAAUCAUUGGCCCUGAUGGUAUUUGGGAUGAGUUUUAUACUGGGCCAUGCAGGGUCAACAACAAGGUCAAAAUAACGAAAAUCUUGUGAACACUUUAGAAGCAACAUUUAUUGCCAAAUCUUCAUGAAACAUAUUCAGAACAUUGGCCUCAUGAUAUCUAAGCCAAGUAUAAUAAAGUCACAUGGUGUCAAAAAAGGCUCAAAGGUCAUAUGAAAGAAAAAGCUUGAGAACACUCUAGAGGCCACAUUUAUUGCCAAUUCUUCAUGAAACUGGGUCAGAACAUUUGUUCCAAUGAUAUCUGGUCCAGCAUGAAACUGGGUCACAUGAGGUAAAAAAAAGAUUAGUCACAAGAUCAAAUUAAAUAAAAAGCUUGUGAACUCUUUACAAACAAAAUUUAUUUCCAAUCUCCAUGAAACUUGGAAAAAACAUUUCCCCAAAUAGUUGCUUGGCAGAAUUCAAAACUGGGUUACCUGGGGUCAUAAACUAGAUCAUUAGGUCAAAUUAUAGAAAAAGCUUUUGAACACUCUUGAAGUCAAAUUUGUUUGCACUAUCAUCAUGAAACUUUCUCCGAGUAGGAUAUGGUUCCAGUCCAUUGACAAACUUUGCUGCAAUGUGGCAGUCUUUUGUGAACACUACAUUCUCAUAACAGAUAAGUUCCUUAGGGUCUGAAGGGAGCAACUUAAGGCAAGUGGCCCUCUUGUAAUAAUCAUGUGGGAUUGUGUUAUCAUAUAAUAUAAGUUUUUAAUUAAAAAAAUAGCAAUAACUACAAAAUUUGUUUAUAAAUACAGAUUUGUUCAAUGGGAUAUCAUAACAUAUGGUUAUUUAUCACUAUCAACUUGUGUUCAAGCUUUAUUGCAGUAUAAUUUAACGUUGAAAUUGAUGAUCCAUAGACGCUUGACUACAAAUCUGAGGAUUGUGUAAGAUCGCUUUCAUGGCCACAUCACUUGUGUGGACAUAGGUAAUGCAAUUAUAAAGGCACUUGUACCUUACCUCUGAAUAAAGUUAUUAACUUAAGUAUGUUGCUAGUGUGCCUUCCUUGAAAUGGCCAGUUACUAAGCAAAUAUGUGAUUUGUAAAUAAUUUGAAUUUAUUAAGUUUUUAAGUUUAAAAUCUCACUUGGGUUGAAAAUAUGUGAAUUCAGUCUAAUCAUUAAAUGUAACUCUAAAGUGACUGAAUAUACCAGAAAAGAGGCUACAUGAAUUGGUAGCAAUUUCAAAUCUUUUUGUAAUUUCCAUCUACUAAAUAUGAUUAUUUUAAUAUAUUUUUUUAAUACAACCAUGAUAAAUAUGAAUUAUUGUACAAUAUCACUUCGAGUUUGAAUUGUAUGAAAAGGGUUAUUAUCUAAGUGUAAAUAUAUUUAUUUUGUAAUAAAUCAUUCAAAAUAGUUCCUUUUAGAACAAGAUGUAUGUUUUUGUCAUGUUAUAUGUCCUUUAAUUACAAAAUUAAAUUGAUGACAGUAAUAUUUAGUAGUAAAAGAUGUGUUUGGUUUGGUAAAAUAUUGAAUUUGUUUCUUUUUACAAAUGAAAUUCAUACAGCUUUGUUACAGUCAGCCUAAACAUUUAAAACACAUAUAAUAAAUCAUAUUAUAUCAUAAUAAAUUAAUAAUAGCUAAUGCCCCAUGAAGUGUACUUGUCAUUGAGAUAUCGAUUAUCGUACAAUCCUCUUGCUAUUCAGUUGUAAAAAAUGAUUUUAAUUAAGGUGAACAAGGAAUUAAUGGAGGUUUGUGGUGAUACACUCCUCAAAUAUUUACUUUACAAUUUAAACUGUUUUUACACUUCUUUGUGUAAUAUUUGUUCAUGAAGAAAUAGGUUUUUUUGAAGGUGGACAAGCUACAGUGAUUUUUUAAAUUUUAUAACAAGAAAAGUUUCUUUUGUAUCAUUACCCUCUCUUGCAUCAGGAUAUUGAGGGAACAUGAACUGAAAACAAUGUUAUUUCAUCUUUUGUAUAACUUAUAUACUGUUAUAAAUUUGACAUGUGAAAUAAUUUUGAUGGUCUUGUUUAGUAAAGCAUGUUAUUUGAAACAUGUUGAACCUUUUUACUCAAUACUUUACCUACCAGUGAAAUUUCCCUUUUAAUAUGUCUUUGUCAUACUCCUUUUUCUAGUCAUUUGAAGGUGUUGUUUUUUCAUAUUACUUUGUUGGGUUAAUAAGGUUAUAGGACAAACAAUUCACCUCCCUUGGUUGUAUAUAAAACUGAAUUAAUUUAAAGAUUGACAUUUUCAUUUCAUUUUCCAGUAUAAUCUGUAGAAAAGGAAUGUGCAGACAUCUAAAACAUAGGGUAUAGGUAAUAAACCUGUUAUAAUACAGGUUCCAAGUGUUAAGAAGGUUUUUAGAUAUACAAUGACAUUUUAGGUUAGCCAUUUAAAACUUUGAUGCAUUAAAAUGCAAACUGGAAACUUAACAUUGGGUCCAGACUACAUUGUUAGAAUAUCUCCGAAAUAUGUUAUCCUUAAAGUGGUACUGUAUGUUUUUAUAUCAACAUUAUACUGUACAUUGUUCAAAUGCUGUUGCUAUACUUUUCAACAACUAAAAAUUAGUUGUUAAGAAUAGCCUAUGUUCAGAAAUUAAUACAUGUACAUUAGUACGUCCUACAAAGAAAACAGAAAUGUUAUGUCACUAACCAUGAUUGCUUGUUGGUGCAUUUGAAGUUUCAAUAAUUUAAUUCAAACCAUAGGUAGAUGUUGAUAUAUGACAAAUUGAUCUGAAUUUACAUAACAUAAAGUUGUUGCUACAAAAUAAUUGAUAAAUAAUUGAUAUUAACUGUUUUGCUUAAUAUAAAGCAUGAUUAUACCCCCAUUACCAUUGGUAAUGGGGGCUAUAUAGGAGUCACUUUGUCUGUCGGUCUGUCCCAAAAUUUCAUCCGAUCUUCACCAAACUUGGUCACAAGUUGUAUCUAGAUGAUGUCUAGGUCAAGUUUGAAUAUGGGUCUUGCCGGGUCAAAAACAAGGUCACAGGGUCACUUAGUGCGCUUUAAAUUGAAAGUUUGUCCGGACCAUAACUAUGUCAUUUAUCGUUAGAUUUUAAAAUGUCUUGGUACAUUUGUUCACCAUCAUGGGACAGUGUGUCAUGCGAAAGAAGUAUGUCGAUAUCUCCAAGGUCAAGGUCACACUUGGAGUUCAAAGGUCAAAUGCUUGUCUGGGCAAUUCUUUGUGGUUCAUUGUGAGAUUAUUUUAAAAGUAUUUGGCACAUUCGUUCACCAUCAUUGGACGGUGUGUUGUGCGAAAGAAUUAUGUCAAUAUCUCCAAAGUCAAGGUCACACUUUGAGUUCAAAUGUAUAAAAUGUCCAUAAAUGAGUUUGUCCAGGCCAUAACUAUGUCGUUCAUCGUGAGAUUUUAAAAUCAUUAGGCACAUUUGUUUACUAUCAUUGGACGGUGUGUCGCGCGUAAGAAUAACGUCGAUAUCUCCAAGGUCAAGGUCACACUUUAAGUUCAGAGGUAAAAAAUGGCCAUAAAUAAGCUUGCCCGGGCCAUAACUUUGUCGUUCAUUGUGAGAUUUUAAAUUUAUUUUGCACAUUUGUUCACCAUCAUUGGACGCUGUGUCGCGUGAAAGAAUUACGUUGAUAUCUCCAAGGUCAAGGUCACACUUAGUUCAAAGGUAAAAAAUGGCCAUAAAUGAGCUUGUCCCGGUCAUAACUCUGUCGUUCAUAGUGAGAUUUUAAAAUUAUUUGGCACAUUUGUUCACCAUCAUUGGACCGUGUGUUCCGCGAAAAAGAAUUAUGUUGAUAUCUCCAAGGUCAAGGUCACACUUUGAGUUCAAAGGUAAAAAAUGGCCAUAAAUGAGCUUGUCCGGGCAAUUACCAUGUUGUUCAUUGUGGGAUUUUAAAAUCAUUUGGCACAUUUGUUCACCAUCAUUGGACAGUGUGUCAUGCAAACGAAUUACGUCGAUAUCUGCAACGCCAAGGUCAUACUGUGAGUUCAAAAGUCAAAAAUUGCCACAAAUGAUCUUGUCCGGGCCAUAACUAUGUCAUUCAUUGUGAGAUUUUAUAAUGACUCUGUACAUUAAUUUUGUUAACAGUCAUUGGACGGCGUGUCAAUGCAGCAUGUGGGGGUAUACGUCACAUCUGUGACAAAACUCUAGUUUGAUUUAUUGGUAAUUAAUGCAUUUUGUAUUUUUUAAAAGGCCAAUAGAUAAUUGAAGUUGUAGUUUUUAAUAUAAAAGCAUGUUUUGUUUGUUCCCUAUCAAAGUUUUGAAAUAAGUCAUGAACAAGACCGUUUAUGAGAGAGAGUUUCAAGUAAUUGCCAUUGUCAUGAUUAUCUGUUGAUUGUUACUGCAUUCUAUACGCUAUUUUUCUCAUUGAACUUGAUAUUUCUGUCUCAAAAGGCAUCUCUACCAUGUGAUACUGUGUGUCAACCAGUUGUUAUUGUAUGUUCAUAAUUUAUUGAAUAAAAGUGUGGCAGUAAACAGAA